CUCAAUCCCUUUUAAUUUCGAAACGCCCUUAACCCUCCCCAUUCAUAUGGCUUCUCAACUUCUCUUUUCAGCUUUCUUUCUCCUUAUUUCCUUUUCCAUCUCUUUCGCCUCCGAUCCCAGUCCCCUCCAAGAUUUCUGUGUCGCUGAUCCAAAUAGUCCUGUGAAAGUGAAUGGUUUAGUUUGCAAGAACCCUAGCUUGGUGGAAGCUAAGGACUUCUUCUUCAGUGGGUUGCAUGUGGCCAAAGACACCAACACCCCCACCGGCUCCCAAGUAACCCCGGUGAAUGUUGUCCAAAUCCCAGGACUCAACACUCUUGGCAUCUCUUUGGCUCGCAUCGACUAUGCCCCAUGGGGCAUCAAUGCUCCCCACACCCACCCACGCGCCACCGAGAUCUUGACCGUCCUUGAAGGCAAGCUCUUGGUAGGCUUCAUCACUUCCAACCCUGAAAACCGCUUGAUCACCAAGACAUUGCACAAAGGUGAUGUCUUUGUUUUCCCCGUGGGCUUGAUUCACUUCCAACAGAAUAUUGGCCAUCACCGUGCAGUCGCUAUUGCAGCAUUGAGCAGCCAAAACCCAGGUGUUAUUACCAUUGCUAAUGCAGUUUUUGGAUCAAAGCCUGACAUCCCCACUGAUAUCCUUGCAAAGGCUUUCCAAACCGAUCCUGCUACAAUAACCAAGAUCCAAGCCAAGUUCUAGACUUGUAGUUAAGGGAUCCAAACCUUGUGUUAGGUUAUUAUUUGUUUGUGUGUGUAUUCUGUUCAUGUCAUGUACUCCAAAUUGUAUUCAGUUACCUAUCCAAAUUUGUGUCAUUGUACGGCCGAUUGAUCAUUCACACCUUAUAGCAAAUUAGGAUAUGUAUAAUAUCAUUCAUUUAAUAAUACGACAAAUUAUUUUAUAUUGGUGUUCAA